AUGUUACGCGUCUUGGCUCUGCUAGGCAAGUGCAUCCCUGAGGCUGACGGAGACCAGUGGCACCGGCAAGACAAGGGCGCAUACAACAUGCAGUGGACGCCGUUGGGAUCCAAUGAGGAGGUCGACAUUAGCACCUUGCCUCAUCGAGACCACGCGUUGUUUCUCAUUGGUGCGGCCAAGUUCUAUCUGAACAACUACCUGGGCCUCAUAGACGAGCCCGAAUUCACCAAAGGCGUUUAUGACCUCUACGAGAGACCGGCCGAGAAGGCAAACAGCUCGAGGACAUGGUACGCCCACUUCCUCCUCGUGCUUGCAUAUGGCAAAGCCUAUUCCAAAGGCGACAAUAGUCGAGGCCCUCCUGGAUCUCACUACGCGCUGCGAGCGAUGACGAUGCUUCCAGACAUGUCAGGACUUUAUGCCGACCCAGUUUUAUCUGUUCAGACCUUGACGCUAGCCUCCAUGUGGUUCCAGUCCGUAGAUAUGAGAAUCGCCGCUUACUACCAUAUUAGCCAAGCGAUGCGUACCUGUAUCAUGGAGGGUAUGCAUCGCCAUAUGCCCGAGCAAAUCGUCGGGGCCAAACAGUCAAAACGAGCAUGUGUGGCUUUUUGGGCGAUAUACACCAUGGAGAAGGAGUUUUCCUCAUCCAUAGGAGCCCCCAGUGCUCUGCAGGAUGAGGCUAUCACGGCCAAGCCUCCUUCGCAAAUGAACAGUUCCGUUGAUGCGGUGAACAUGGAGUUACAUGUGAGGCUAACCAGAUUGACUGCACGGAUCUUGUCAACGGUUUAUGGGGUGGGAAGGCAGUUCGAUAACACACUGAUUCCGAACACACAAUCCAUCCUCCGUGAGCUGGCUGAACUAUCUCGGGACUUGACCAACGUGCUCAGAACCCAUUUCCCCGGCACCUUUAGCAAAGCCUCACGGAUGGCGCAUCGACUGUGCGUGGUCCUUUCUACGCGGCCGCUCGUGAUGUGUGCGUUGCAAAUGCAUGUCGAGAAUUCAGAUACCUUGCCCCCAGUGGUGGUCCCUUUGACGUCGACGGUGGCCUCACUGCUCAGUUCAUGCGUCGAAUCUGCGCAUACGAUAUUAAACAUGCUUCGAAGUUUAGACGAGGAAGGCUUAUUAGACGCCUUCUUGCCCUUUCAACUUGACGCAGCGUAUUCUUCAGCGUUUAUCCUUCACCUCAUCAAACUAAUCAGCCCAUCCCUUCUACAAGAUCAGUCCUGGCCCCAUGACAUAGAAUACAUCUUCGAUCGGAUGAUUGCGUCGGGGAGUGUAGUCGCACCAGUGCGGAAACUGGAGCUACAACAACUGGAGAAUGCCAUGGCUGCUCUGAUACCCAGCACGGAGCAAUCUUGGGGUCUUGCUCCACGGGCAGGUUAUGUACAGGAACAGAACUUUGCACCGGAUGAUUAUUUCCGAGAUCCGUUCUGGCAUACAAUUACUUCUAACGGAGUGUCUGGGCUUUUGCCGCAGGAGAUUUUGGACUUGGCUGACCGGUUAGAUGUAGAGGAUGUGGCUUCCACGUCAAGUCAAUAA